AUGGAUAAGUCGAGUGCUCUAGAGUAUAUCAACCAGAUGUUCCCAACAGAAGCAUCGCUAUCUGGCGUUGAGCCGCUUAUGCAAAAGAUUCAUGGUGAGAUUCGGCGGGUUGAUGCUAGCAUACUAUCUGCUGUUCGUCAACAGAGUAACUCGGGAACUAAAGCUAAAGAAGAUCUUGCUGAUGCUACACGUGCUGUAGAGGAACUCUCAUAUAAGAUUCUAGAGAUAAAAUCCAAAGCCGAGCAAAGUGAAGCAAUGGUCCAAGAAAUAUGUCGUGACAUUAAGAAGUUGGAUUUUGCAAAGAAGAACAUAACCACGACGAUAACUGCCCUUCAUCGCCUCACAAUGUUAGUCUCUGCUGUUGAACAGCUUCAGGUGAUGGCGUCAAAAAGGCAAUACAAGGAGGCAGCUGCACAGCUGGAGGCCGUAAACCAAUUAUGUAAUCACUUCGAAGCAUACAGGGAUGUUCCUAAAAUUACAGAGCUCAGGGAAAAGCUUCAUAAUAUAAAGCAAAUCCUUAAGUCCCAUGUAUUUUCUGAUUUUUCCAGUUUAGGUACUGGAAAAGAGACAGAGGAAACAAAUUUGCUACAGCAGUUAUCUGAUUCGUGUUUGGUUGUUGAUGCUCUGGAGCCAUCUGUGAGGGAAGAGUUGGUAAAUAACUUUUGCAGCAGGGAGCUAACCUCAUAUGAACAAAUAUUUGAAGGAGCUGAAUUGGCAAAGUUGGAUAAAACAGAGCGGAGAUAUGCUUGGAUUAAGCGUCGAAUCCGAACGAAUGAAGAAAUUUGGAAGAUUUUUCCUGCUUCUUGGCAUGUGCCUUACAGACUAUGCAUCCAGUUCUGCAAGCAAACAAGGAAGCAAGUUGAAUCUAUUCUGGUCAACAUGAAAGAGAAGCCAGUUGUAGCAAUAUUGCUUCUGGCACUACAAAGGACAGUAGAGUUUGAAAAGGACCUUGAAGAGAAAUUUGGUGGAGGUGUUCCUGCUAGGGAUAUCGGAGAUGACAUUGAAAAAAUUGGUACAUGGGAAAACAAUAGUCAGAAUAUAUCCAAAAUUCGCAAGAAGUAUGAAAAGAAGUUUGCUGCUAGUCAAGAACCUGGGGAAGAUGUAAAGACCGGAGACAAAGAUUUAUCUGUUACCGGAGCUGGGUUUAACUUCCGUGGGAUGAUCUCUUCUUGCUUCGAACCUCAUUUAACCCCAUAUAUUGAGUUGGAAGAGAAGACACUUAUGGACGAAUUGGAGAAAGUUGUUCAGGAGGAAACAUGGGAUAUUGAGGAUGGAAGCCAAAAUAAUGUUUUAUCUAGCAGCACUCAGUUGUUUACUAACAUAAAGAAGAGCUUGAAACGGUGUAGUGCUCUCACUAAGAACCAGACAUUAUUCAAUUUGUUCAAGGUCUUUCAACGAGUUCUGAAGGCCUAUGCUACAAAGCUGUUUGGUAAGCUCCCAAAAGGAGGCACCGGUAUAGUUGCGGCAGCCACUGGCAUGGAUGGACAGAUAAAGGUCUCGGGGAGAGAUGAAAGGGUGAUAUGCUACAUAGUUAAUUCUGCUGAGUAUUGCCACAAAACAUCUGGUGAACUGGCAGAAAAUGUGUCAGAAAUUAUUGACCCGCAUUUUGCUGACGGUGUAGACAUGUCAGAGGUCGAGGAUGAAUUUUCAGCCGUCAUAACGAAAGCAUUGGUUACGCUAGUCCUUGGAAUCGAAACUAAAUUUGACACCGAAAUGGCAGUGAUGACACGUGUUCCAUGGAGUACACUUGAGAGUGUGGGUGACCAGUCUGGGUACGUAAAUGGUAUAAACACAAUCCUUAGCGGCAGCAUUCCUGUCCUCGGGAACCUUCUAACACCAGUUUACUUCCAGUUUUUCCUCGACAAGCUGGCAUCAUCCCUUGGACCACGGUUCUAUGCUAAUAUUUUCAGAUGCAAACAACUAUCCGAAACUGGCGCUCAACAGAUGUUACUAGAUACGCAAGCCAUAAAGAGCAUUCUUCUAGAAAUUCCUUCCCUUGCCAGACAGACUUCAACUGCUGCCAGCUAUUCCAAAUUUGUGAGCCGCGAAAUGAGCAGAGCAGAAGCACUGCUUAAGGUCAUACUAUCUCCAAUUGAUUCAGUGGCGGACACUUAUCGUGCUCUGUUUCCAGAAGGGACUCCCAUGGAGUUUCAGCGCAUCUUGGAACUUAAGGGUCUUAAGAAAGCUGAUCAGCAGAGUAUACUUGAUGAUUUCAACAGGCAUGGCCCGGGAUUCACACAGCCAUCGGUUGCAGCAGCGGCAAUGCCACAACCGGUUCCAACCCCACCUGCACCGCCGAUGGCAAUGGCUAAUCAGGCUGCAUCCGCUGGGUUCAUAGCAAACAGCGAGGAUGUGUUAACCAGAGCAGCGAUUCUUGGCAGAGGAGCUGCAACGACUGGGUUUAAGAAGUUCAUUGCUCUUACUGAAGCUGCCAAAGACCGCAAAGAUGGGCCUUUAAGGAGACUCUUCAACGCAUGA